AGACUUUUGAUUAUUUUGUAGUUCUCAAGAACGCCCUCGUGUUUGACGAUUCAUUACUAUGCUAAAACAGGUGUGCACUUAUGUGACUGUAUGACACGGCACGCGAUACUGCCCGUGUGGGUUGAUGCACGACAGGAUAGUGUGAACUACAACCGCCGGACGGGUCUGCCAGGAGUAAUCCAAGGUCUACAAUCGAGAAAGCAUAGUAACGAGGCUGUGAGGCAGCAUUUAACACCCAGCACCGGCAGCAACAGCCCGCUGAGGAGUACGCCACGUACCCGCUAACGACGCGCCAUAAAUAAACUCGCUUGCUUGGAAUAUGAACGGAACGCUUAUUACGCAAGCAAUGGCCGAGCCCCCCAGUAUCGGCGAACGAGUGCCCCGUUUCCAGCGUCCACAUGCCUCUGUGCCGCAGUUCACAAACUCGCCCACCAUGAUCGUGAUGGUGGGCCUGCCUGCCAGAGGGAAGACCUACAUCUCCAAGAAGCUCACGCGCUACCUCAACUGGAUAGGGGUCCCCACCAAGGUGUUCAAUGUGGGUCAAUAUCGGAGGGAUGCAGUACGAACGUACAAAAACUUUGAGUUUUUCCGUCCGGACAAUGAAGAGGCCAUGAAAAUUCGCAGAGCAUGUGCUCUUUCUGCUCUGCAGGAUGUUGGGACUUAUUUCAUGCAGGAGCAUGGACAGGUGGCGGUGUUUGAUGCCACCAACACCACUCGAGAAAGAAGGGAGGUCAUCCUCAGCUAUGCCAAAGACAAUGGCUACAAGGUCUUUUUCAUAGAGUCCAUUUGUGAUGAUCCUGAAAUCAUCGCUGAGAACAUCAAGCAAGUGAAGCUCAGCAGCCCAGACUAUAUCGACUGUGACAAGGAGGAGGCGGUGGCUGACUUCCUGAAGAGGAUCGAGUGCUACAAGGUCACCUACGUCCCCCUGGACGACAACAAAGACAGUCAUCUGUCCUACAUAAAGAUCUUUAACGUGGGCUCUCGGUACCUGGUGAACCGGGUGCAGGACCACAUCCAGAGCCGCAUCGUGUACUACCUGAUGAACAUCCACGUCACGCCGCGCACCAUCUACCUGUGUCGCCACGGCGAGAGCGAGCUCAACCUCCUGGGCCGGAUUGGUGGGGACUCGGGGCUGUCCCCACAUGGUAGCCAGUUUGCUGCUGCCCUCGGGAGGUACAUCAAGAGUCAGAACAUCCCAGACCUGAAGGUCUGGACGAGUCACAUGAAACGCACCAUCCAGACAGCCGAGGCCCUGCGUGUUCCCUACGAGCAGUGGAAAGCACUCAACGAGAUAGAUGCGGGCGUCUGUGAGGAGCUGACCUACGAGGAGAUCCAGGCAAACUACCCCGAGGAGUUUGCCCUGAGGGACCAGGACAAGUACCGCUACCGCUACCCCAAGGGAGAGUCGUACGAGGACCUGGUGCAGCGGCUGGAGCCGGUCAUCAUGGAGCUGGAGCGGCAGGAGAACGUGCUGGUCACCUGCCAUCAGGCCGUCAUGCGCUGCCUGCUCGCCUACUUCCUGGACAAGAGCGCGGAGGAGCUGCCCUACCUGAAGUGUCCCCUACACACAGUCCUGAAGCUCACACCAGUCGCUUAUGGGUGUAAGGUGGAGUCUGUGUUUCUGAACGUGGAGGCGGUGAACACCCAUAGAGACAGGCCUGCGGACGACGAGCCCGCGUUCUGCCCCAUGCCCCCCUACCGCAACGCGCGGGCAAAGCCCAUGGCAAGCCCCUCCCCCACCAGAGCCCCGCGCCUGCCGGACCUGGGGGUCACCCGUCUUAGCCUGCAGGUACUGCGGUGUCCAGAGACAAGUGGACGAUCAAUUCCACAAUCGUUUGAAAUUAACGCUUUGUUUCAACAAUGAUUGCUCUUUUCAGUCACCUCUAAUUUCCCCUGUGUUGUGACUGCACAGUGUAUUCAACCGCUGAUCUACCUAUCAGAUGCAGCUAACCGUUAACUCCCAGCAGAUUGCCUUUCCUUCAGAUUCAUAAACAAGCCGGUGUUGAAUUAUGACCAAUCAGCACUCUAAUCAGCCGCCUCAUUUCCCUGUUGGCCCUUUUUGUUGAUCUUUGGGUGAUGGGUGCUUUACUACAAAUGACCACUAGAUGGAGGUAGAAACCAUAAUCCUUUUAAUCAGUAUUGAAAAAGCCUGUGUAUUUUGUGCAUGUGUGAUGAUGUUUGUGUGAGUGGGUGUUUGUUUGUGAACACUUGCAUGGGAAUACAUACAACAAGCUCUCUUUGAUUGUGUGUGCAUUUUGAAUCAGUGCGGCAGAUUGUCAUGGAAACGAUGAACAAAGCACAGGAAACUAAAUCCAUCUGUGUUUAUGGAACGGUUCAAUCUGGACUGCGUGCCGUGUUUACAGCAGUUUUGCCAUUGUGAUUGCACAGAAGUGGACUCCGUGGGUGCUUCAGUGUGUCUACAUGUGCUUAUUAUGUCCUCAUUAGUCUGGUACAUGCACUGUUUCCAUGGUAAUAUUUGUCAGAAAUGGGGGUGUGUGAUAAAUGUGACUGGACUGUGCCAAGUAUUGGUGUGCAGUGUGGAGAGGAAAACAGUGUUGUUCUAUCUCUUUCUAAUCAUGUCUCUGUAUCUGUCUUCAUCUGUUUCUGUUUCUACCUGCCAUUGGUUCAUGUUUCAUUCACCUCGCCCACCUUUCUUUCUCUCUAUCUCUUGCCCCCCCCCCACACACACACUCUCUCUCUAUCCUCUCUUUCUUUCCUUCACUCUCUCUCUACCUUUCUCCCGCUGCUGUCCCAGAACGUGGACGUCGACCGAGAGCCAGAGGAGGCACUUCUGACCGUUCCAGACCACAUCUAGAGGACCAGAGAGAGAGAGAGAGAGAGAGAGAGAGAGAGAGAGACAGACGCUGAAUGUCCAGCAAGCGUAGACGUUUCCUCUCUCCAAAAACAUCUCACGACACAAUAACCUUUUCUGUUUUUGCUGUGCAUAUCAAUCCUAUUUUCAUCAUGGUGAAAUGUGUGUGGUGAAAUGAAGUCCUCCUGAUGGAUGUCUGGGGCAGACAGUGGGAUCACUAGAUCAACCGCUGGGGUCUCCUGUAGGCUACUCUGUUCAAAAGGGUGACGCAACUCUGCCUGCAGUGAAAGCGCACAACACGAAGUGAUGAAUAUUUUAAUUUACACACCGUAAUCACAUGAGGGAUACUCCUUGCACUGGACUUUUUUUUUUUUUUUUUUCCAGAUGGGCAGUACUAGAACCACACAAUCCUCUGAAAUGUUAACGAGACAUUGUGGAUUGGACUGCGAACUACUGAAUGGUUAACCAUAAUCCUAAUCCUGUGGUCUGAGAUCUGCCAAUCUUUCUUUUCCUUAAGAAACUCAGACCUAGGGAUCUUCCUGUGCCCCAACCAAUGUGCCUCACCCUGGGCUGUAGUGGUCCAGCCACUCCUACAGAGUUACUCACACCUACAGAGUGGAGAGAACAUCUGCACAGUAGACUGAGGAAGCUGCCAGGCUUGAAGGAAAUUAAACUGUGAAUAGAAUCAAAGGGACUCAGUGCUAUUACACAUUUGCAAAGGCAUAUGCAUACAUGCUUCAGAUUAAAAUAGAAGAAAAUGGUUAAACAUAUUGCUCAAUGUGGCUUGUAGUUUCUAACCUGACUUUCGCCAGAUCCUGUAGUUCGCUGUCUGCUUCACACAAGGAUCUGGGACUUCUCGAUAGGAGAUGUAUUUCUGAAGGCGGGUCCUUGUAAAACAUCCUGGCAUGUGAUUUGAUAAACCACUUGCCUGUUAUCUUGAAUGACGUGCUAGGCUUCUUCAAGCUCUUGCCAAACACAGUCGGAAGAAGAGUAAAAACAUCCUUGCCACCAAUAAAUGUCUUCAAACCUAUUCUCUGUUAAUCUUUUAAAGAAUGAAUACUCGAUAGAUUCGACAAAACGGUUGAAAUAGCAGAAUCAAUGUCAGCACAAGACUCCUCGCUGCGUGCCGCCAUUGUUAUUUGAAUCAAACACUCGCUUCGGCGCUCCUGAUUGGUUGCUCAUUUUUUGAUCACUGGCACAGGGGAUUGGAUUGCCCUCGCGUCCAGACCCUUGUGUGGAGCUCAGCGAAACGCCUCUGGUGGAGCAUGGCGGAACUACAAGGGUCUGGCGAGAGUCAGGCUAUGUAGUUUCAGGAACAUGUUUAAAUUUCAGCAAAUACAGAAAUGUCAACAGCUAACCCUAAUGGACUUUGUAUGUUUACGUCUGCAUAAACAAAUUGUUAAGCAAUGGCAAUUGGACUUAACUUAAUUUAGUAACUGAAGCACUUUAGUGUACUAGUUCCUUUGUUGCCACUCACUAGAGAACCUCAGGACCAUCUCUGAUAAAUCCCAGGUUGGAAGUGGAUAAAUCACCUAGAUAUGUGAAUGAUGUUGCUAGUCAGUACAGGUUCAGCCUUUGCCUAUCACAUUUGAUCUUUUUUCACCACGAAACAAAAUAAAUACUCAGUGGACUAGUGCGAGUCAUGUAUAAAAACCGCACCAUGACUUAACUGUGGUAAAAUAACUGUAUCUCUCCUAACCUUGGUCAAGCACACACACAAGUGUUUAUGUACUGUACACACUUGGACACAGAAACACACAUUUGGACAUGUAUAACAUUAAUGUGAAAUGUUAUUAUGUGUACUUUCCUGUACAUGUAUAUUGUGAAAAUAAUUCAAAUACUCUGUCAAGGCCUGCUAUAGAUAUUGCAAGUGUUGUGUGCAGAGAUGAUAUCAAAGCCAUGAAUAUGCUGUGUAUUCCUGAUGUGAUGAAAGUCUAUUCAAAGAGUUUAAUCUCCUGUUACCUACAGCCAUCCUUCAGUACGAGCUUGACUAGUCAUUUGAAGUCUCUCUUUACGGUGCUACGUAGAUGUGGUUGUGUGGUCUCAUGGAUGCCAUCUCAAGUAUAGGAAUGUUUCUUGAGAGGAUGCAAUCUUAUUUGUGUGCCUCUCCAAAAACAGAAAAUCAAAGCCAUCCCUUGUCAACAAAACACACUUGUGAUAUAUAUUUAGACACACACACACUAUAGUUUGAAAUAGCAAACCAAUGUUUUUUUCCCCCCUGAACAAUUUGUUGUGAUGUGUGUCCUGACAGUCUGUGCUGUGAGUGUUCUUCUGACUAGUUCUGGCAUCUGUAACGGUCAGGUUUUGCAGAGGUGCAGAAAUCUAGAUAUACAUCGAGAUAUACAUCAAGUAUACAUCUUGAUAUACAUCAGUGCAAGUAAGGUCACGUGAUGAUGUGAAAUGAGGUUCUGGGUUGUGUGAGCGGAGCGCGUCCAGACAAAACGACUUUGUGUAUCAAGGGAAGUGCAUGUUUAUCAAAAGAAAUCGCUGCUGUUUUUCCUCCCAAAACUCGUCUAAAUUCCAGAAGCCUCUGUUGAGCAGGGGCCGGAUAUCUCCCCCACAUGGCAGCUGAGCGACAACAGAGGGACGCUAACAAAAACCAUCCCCUGGACGGGAAGAGAGAAUGGGUUUAUUGUGCAAUUUACUGUGAUAAAGAGAAGCAAUGACAUGUAAAGAGAAUUUUUAAAAAUUAAUUUUUAUUUUUGUUGGCACAAACAAAAUAAAACUAUGAAGCAAUA